UUUUGAGUGCAGUAUGGUACGGGGAUGGAGGAGAGUCAGCAAAAUGACGAGUUUCUCUGCGUUUACGCCAUUUUAUCUUGUCUCAUCCUGUCAAUUACAUACGUGGCGAGUCUCUACGUAUGGAAUUCACCUCACGCCAGGGAACACCCGAGCACCAUCAAGAAGAGGUUCUUCAGUGUUUUCGUUAUGACCCUGAUCUCACCUGCUUCCCUGUACUUCGGUAUGAGUGCGAAAGUCUUUCAGAAGGCGACAAUUUGGGAACUGCUGGGGCUGAGAUGGUCAGGAUUACUUCAGGCCACUUUUAUCCCUCUUUUUUUGACGAUGGUAUUGUUCCUGGGACCCAUCAGCCUCCAGGGAUUCAACGGACUCUGGCGGCUGUACGCUGAACCCAUGUACUGGCUGGGAAGUGCAAGAACCCUGAUCUGGUGGAGGAACCAAGUGGUCGCACCCCUGAGCGAAGAAUGGACAUUCAGGGCCUGCAUGUUGCCUCUGUUGCUCCAGUGUUUCAGUCCCACCACUGCCAUUUUUAUAUCGCCACUGUUUUUCGGAGUGGCCCAUUUCCACCACGUCGUCGAGAGAACAAAAAUGGGAAUGAAUUUUAAACACGCCAUCAUAAUUUCCUGUUUUCAAUUUGCCUACACAACGUUAUUCGGCGCCUACGCAGCCUUUCUGUUCGCAAAAACAGGUCAUUUUGUAGCCCCUUUCGCUGCCCAUUCGUUCUGCAAUCACAUGGGGUUUCCAGAUUUUUCAGAAGUGAUUGCCUGCAAGGAUCCAUUAAAAAGGACUGGAUUACUGAGCCUCUUCGUCAUCGGUCUGGUCGCCUGGUGCUUUCUCCUGACGCCCUUGACAAAUCCAGCUUGGUUCAACAACAAUCUCUUCUGGCACAAGCAUUUCGUGUAAUUCUUCGUAAUUCUACGUAUGAAAACGAUUCAAUUAUAAAAUCAGACGUUCUCUAGAAAUUCAAUUAAAAUUUUUCUUACAAUUUACCAAUAAUUAAAUAAUUAGAGAGAACCUCGAGAUACGAAUUCCAAUCAAUCCAUUUUUUUGUAUCGAAUUUCCUCGAGGAUUAGCACGAAAAAUCAAUAGAGUUCCAGGAGAAAGCCUGAGGUAUUUCCAUUGAAUUUUUUCCUACGUCUCAUCAGAGAAUUUUCAUGGAUUUUUUAAAAGCUAGUGAACGAUUCUCUAGCAUUUUUCAAAUUUAUUAUAAGCAUUGAGGCGAAUUGCCUCGCUAUCUCGUUUUUAGAAAUUGAAUAAUUAACGAGUUAAUGGUUAAUUGAGAAAUAAUUGAUGAUUGAACUGAGUCUCAAUGUUGAGAGAAUACCACAGUGCCUCACCUCGUUCCUUUGACACUGGGCAUACCACUAACUGCAUUUAAGUCUACGAAUAAUUAACUAAUUAACGAAAAUAAGUUCGAGUGCUUUUUGUAUCAUCCAAUCGUGUGGGUGUUAACAUUGUAAUUAGGAAUGCUGCAAGUAAAUUCUAAUUUCUCAGUCGAUAUCUGUUGUACAUAAAAUUAUUGAAUAAUGUUUGUAGACGAAUAAUAAACGAUGAUUUAUUGAUCAACCCAUUAAUUUCAUUGAGAUCACAGAAACAAGACAGUCACUCGAAUAAUCCCCUUGAAUCAAGGAAUUAAAUCUACUAAAUAUAUCUUUCAGAUUCAACAAAUUCUCAAAAAUUCCCACUCAAUACAAGAUUUAUAUAAUAAACAUCGAAUUCAUCGAACAUCUUCAUUUUGAGCAGUGAAAAUAAAUAAAAUAAAUAGGAACUGAUAAAACUAGAAUUGUUGUUAUUAAAUGGAAAUAAAAAAUUUCAAAUAGUCUCUAUCUCCCAUUCAAAAAUUACAAAAAUUACUUCACUCAGCUCCUCAUAUCGCUACCAGAAUUGAUUAAAAUCUAAUCUUCAUUAAAAUGAAUAAAUUCAAUAAAAAAUAUCCAUUUAAAAUCGAAAAAAGAAU